AUGGGGUCCAUGUUCCUCGAUUCUCCUUCACUUGCACCCAAUAGACUCAUAAGAGUGUCUAGUAAGUGCGGCUGGUGUGUUCUGAGGUGGAGGAAGAGGAAUGUUGUUGUAUAUUGCCAAGGUGGUGGAGGAAAGGCAAUAAUAUUGUCUAGUGGAUUUCCUUCAGUUUUAACAGAAAGAUCAGCAGUGGGUAGUGAUCAGGAUCAUAAUGCAGCUGUUAGGGAUUCAGGAAGUUUGGUUUUGUCUCCAAACGGAAAAGGGCAACCUGAAAUUGCUGUUACGGACCUUGUGCCUUGUGGUGGACCAACUAGUUCUUCUUUGGUGGAGAAGCAAGAUGGUAUUGGCAUUGUCAAAUUUCUUAGAGGGAAAUGUUUCUUCAUCAGUGGUGCAACUGGGUUUCUAGCCAAAGUUCUUAUUGAGAAGAUUUUAAGGACCAUGCCUGAUGUGGGAAAGAUAUAUCUUUUCAUCAAGGCAAAAGACAAGGAAGCUGCAAUUGCGAGAUUGAAAAAUGAGAUAAUAAAUGCAGAGCUAUUCAAGUGCCUCAGAGAGACCUAUGGAGUUUCCUACCAAUCUUUUAUGUUGAGCAAACUAGUUCCUGUGGUAGGAAAUGUCUGCGAAUCCAAUCUUGGGUUCGAAGAAGAUUUAGCAGAUGAGAUUGCUAAUGAAGUUGACGUAAUCAUUAACUCAGCAGCUAAUACAAGUUUUGAUGAAAGGUAUGAUGUUGCUAUUGAUGUCAACACGCGAGGAACUUGCCACCUCGUGAGAUUUGCGAAGUGCCAGAAACUCAAGCUCUUCUUGCAAGUAUCAACAGCUUAUGUCAAUGGACAAAGACAAGGAAGAAUUAUGGAGAAGCCACUCUGUUUAGGCGACUGCAUAGCAAGGGAAAAUCCAAUAGUCUCUGAAAGCACAACAUUGGACAUCGAAAAUGAAGUGAAGCUGGCCGUGAAUUCCAAGGAAGAUUUUCAAGAAAAUGAAGUGGCUCAAAAGAUGAAAGAUUUGGGUUUAGAAAGGGGCAAAAGAUAUGGGUGGCAAGAUACUUAUGUAUUCACCAAGGCUAUGAGGGAGAUGGUGGUUGAUAACAUGAGAGGAGACAUACCGGUUGUCGUAAUUCGACCAAGUGUCAUUGAGAGCACAUGGAAAGAACCAUUCCCAGGAUGGAUGGAAGGGAAUAGGAUGAUGGAUCCAAUAGUUUUGUGCUAUGGAAAAGGGCAGCUCACAGGUUUUUUAGCAGACCCAAAUGGAGUCCUUGAUGUGGUCCCAGCAGAUAUGGUGGUUAAUGCAACAUUGGCAGCAAUAGCUUGGCAUGGAAUGGAGCAAAAAUCAGAUAUCAAUGUCUACCAGAUUGCUUCAUCCGUUGUCAAUCCACUUGUUUUCCAAGACCUGGCUACAUUGCUCUACGAACACUACAAUUCCUCUCCAUACAUGGACUCAAAUGGCCGGCCAAUCCAUGUUCCAUCAAUGCAGCUCUUCAGCUCUAUGGAAGACUUCUUUGUUCAUCUAUGGAGAGAUGUCAUUCAGCAAAGUCGGUUAGCAGAAAUGGCCUCAUCGGAUAGGAAGCUGUCGCAAAAACAUGAAAAUAUAUGCAGAAAAUCACUGGAACAAGCAAAGUACUUGGCCAAUAUAUACGAGCCAUACACUUUCUAUGGUGGAAGGUUUGAUAAUAGCAAUACUCAAAAAUUGAUGGAGAGAAUGUCAGAAAAUGAGAAGGGGGAAUUUGGAUUUGACGUGGGAAGCAUGGACUGGAGAGAUUAUAUUACAAAUGUACAUAUCUCAGGCCUGAGGAGGCAUCUCAUGAAGGGGAGAGGAAUGUGUGGCUGA